CCCCGAGAUAAAGCGCCCGAACCGAGUUCAAUGUCGAUCGAUUGUCAAUAAGUCGUAGAAUAUCCAGGUCCGAAAGGGACGUAGGAGAAAAUGUCCCACGUCGAGCCGAACAAGCGGCAGGCAGGCAGCGUGCUGAGCUCGUACCGGCGAAAACCAGACCGCAGCGAGGGGAUCGGCCUGGCUGGACAGAUCUGCAUGCUUUUCGAGACCGGAAAGGUGGUGGUGAAUCGGAUGUACAUCUGAUCGCCCACCUUUCCUGCGCAGACGAUGUCGAAGAGCUUCGAGGUCGAUGUGCUCAUACGGUGUGUUGGAAACGUCGUCGCCGCGAGACUUGUGCAGAUAGAUGGAUAGAUAUAUUCAGCCUGGCGGUAGCCAGGCGCAUGGCAGAUCCAGCAGUUAAGAAGCCAUGCCUGGUAAUCGACAUCCAAUCAAAUAAGUGGAUCCGAUUUCCGGCACUCGCACCCGAGGUCUGUGGACUUCCACGGCUCCGAUGGCCACCGGGUUUUGACGUGGACAUGACAUUGCGCCGCGAAGCUCAUUAGGCGAAGUGGACAUCACCUCACGUCGGUUUAUUAUAAUCUGGCCAUUCCAGGAGAUAACGCCGUCCGGCCGACAACGCUGCUCUCUAGGCCUCGACAUCUUAUCGUCGUGUUGGUAUCUUCGAGGGCUUCGAGCUCGGCGUGUGCUCCGUCCUUGGACAAAAUAGAGCGCACGGUGAGACGUUUCAUUGACUACGACGAUGAAGACCAACCGAUCGAUUGUUCGUCUGUUGUGUGCUGCUGUGUGUCAGAUGUGAAUGUUGCCAGUCGAACUAGCUCGGUGAUCAGCAAGACGUUUUACUAUGGUACACCACGAAGACGACGCUGCUUUAGUAACGAGAUGAAAGACGCAGAGCGACUGGAGGGUGAGCUUGUUACAGUACAGACAAAUGGAUCCGGUUAUGAAGAGCAGAGUAGAGCAGAGCAACUUAUCCCUUGGACUGCCAUCACUGUCCAGUAGCAUCAAGUCAAUGACCAUCCAAGCUUUUCUGACAUUACUUUCGAAUGUCAUCAUGGUAAAAAGCCGUGGUGCAUGACCAUGGAUGGCCCUUUGGAAGAUGCGCCAGGACCGGGAGCACAUGAUGAGCUCGGAGAACUUUUCGAACUGCCAAGAGCACCCGAUGCGGAUGCCAAAGGACUCGGAGACGGAAAGGACAGCUUACGACACGCUUCAAGUGGUUUAAACAGGCCUAGCACUUGCUCCCAGAUCCAGUAUCUGCAGAUGUCGUUGAGCAAACUUGGAUCGUAGACACUCACCCCCUGCAGCGAGAGCAACUCACUGAUUCUGCAUCUGGUUCAUAUCCUCAUCUUUUCCCGUCUGAUUCAUGAUGAUCGCUAGCCAUUUUUUAGGCUUCCCCCCUCCUCCGCUUGCUUCAACUUUCGGCAACCCUGUAGGUUCUGUCCUCCCUCAGGUUCUGUUUUCCAAAUUCUCAGAAUCUCAGCAUGUCCUCGACUGCCCAUCUCGGGCAGUUUCCCUCAUCUGUGCCUCUGAGUCUCUGUUAUUCCGCUGUCACCGCUUUCCGGGGCCAGAUCCUGCACCGCCUCCUCGAGAUGUUAAUGGGCAGUGUGCAAUAUGCGCUGGUGCAGAAGGUCGUAGAACGCUAGAAUUGCUCGCAGAGAGCUCUGCCGGACUAGUGAAGUUUCUUCUGCCAGCACUUUCGAGAGGAGUGAUAAUUUUGAGCUACAGGAACCCUGAAAUCGCACACAGCAAAUCCUGUACUUCCAUCGAGAAGGGCUUCUACUUGCAACCGCAGCCGCAGCCGCUGAAUUUGAAAAUGCUUUCCAGAUGAGACGAUGGUCGGAAAAAUGUAGGUCACCGUGAACAAUAGGUCCCUGCUUUGUGCAGCAAUGAGAUGCUUUUCGAUUGCGAAAUUUCCAUUGCAUUGUUAGAAGCUAAUAUGUUGACGGCCAUACACUCACUCCUUGGAACAAAGUUCGAGGGGCGCCGACCCCCUUCCCUGUCCACUGUCAAUGUCUUUAGAGCAAACACCUUUUCUCGUCGCCCACGUUGUGUAAUAGCCCAUGUGUAUUACAUUCUACACGUUUGUAUCACACGGUAGAGAAGUGUGCACACUCGCUCCCGCGUUCAGACUCUCCAUGAGUAGAGAGCGACCGGAAAAUGAUCAUUUUGUCCUGCCUGAAUUUACGAGAAGUCAAAUGUACUCCGAUAUUCUUUCCCAAGUGUCUUGAGUAUCUUCC